AUAAACGUCCCCAUAGAAAUAGGCCACGCCCCUAGUAAACCCCUAGAUUAUGGCGUUCUUCUGGGAGCUGGUCAUUUUCAGGCCAGUUCCUUACUAUUGAAAGUGUUGCGACUAGCUGCUGUCAUUGCUGUAGAAUUAAGAUUGUCUAAAAGCUCCAAAACUGCCCUUUUUGUGCAAAUCAAAGUGAAGGAAGAAGAUCUGUGACUGAUAUUCUGAAAGAAGCACACUUGUGCUGAAGAAGUGAUCAAGUGUAUAGUUCCUCAAGGUGAUUCUUGUAACUCCUGUAACUCUUGUGUAGUACUGUGCAGUCUCAAAUGCCGUCUCUUUUUGCAACCUUAACCGUGGUUGAAGAGUUUCAUCUGUUUGUUCUCCGGAAACAAUUCCAUAAAAAAGUCAAGAAAGCCUGCAAGAAAGUUUAUAAAAAACUCAAGAGUGCUAUUCAUAAACCUGACAAACGUCGCAUUCACUGCGAAAAGACUCCUACGUUCUGCUCUGUAGCUGUGCAGACCUCGUUUGAGCCUCUGAUUCAGUCUCUCUCCCACGGAGGCGAGUUGGACAUGUCCUAUCACCUCAACUCCAAUCAGAACAACAAUCGUGGCUUCUCAAGGCCACUGAGACCCAGUCAAGGUUCUUCUACUGGCCACACAAAGCCACCACGAGGCAACCUACUCCCUGACAAACAUGGCGUCAAUCUUCCUUCCUCCAAGAAAUCGACAAGUUCAGUCAGCACGAGCACUAACCACUCAUCUGUCCCCAGGAGACAAUACCCGUCUGAACCCCAGAGACAUCAGGGCUAUUCUAGCGGAGGUACCAAGAAUUCAGUCUCAACUGGAACCACCACCACUCUUCCAAAGAUUGGAGCACAGCCCCAGUCCACCCCUAAAACCAUAAGGCGUUCUAGCUCAUUCUCUGGCAGCUCCAAGAGCCACACCUCCUCCAGUGUGUCGUACAUGUACACUCCCAAGCCCCCCUCCAACCCACCACCCCCAAUAUCCCCUGCUAGACAAAGGAGACAUGAGAAGAAAACUACGACCAAAAUGUCAAAUACCAAGAUGACGCCCCGAACCAACCUUCACAGAUCUACAUCUUUGUCUUCAAUCACAACUUCAAUGUCGAAUAACUAUAUUGGUGAUGCUGGAGAUUAUCUACAAAGCGAGAACUCAUGGAGCGGUAAUCCAGUUCCUGAGUUCCUGAAAGUCACUGUCCCGGUAGCUACCAAGGCAGAGGAGACUCCAGUCACUAGCACACUGGUCCCGUAUGAAGGAAGACAUGUCAAGCCUGUUGCUGACACAGCUAGCCCAAAACGUGAGGUCCCCAAGAUUGUGCCGUAUGAAGGAAGACAUGUCAAGCCUGUUGCUGACACAGCUAGCCCAAGACGAGAGGUCCCCAAGAUGGUGUCGUAUGAAGGAAGACAUGUCAAGCUUGUUACUGACAUAGCUAGCCCAAGACGAGAGGUCCCCAAGAAUUCUGUGGACAAACCUGGCAGCCCGAUCAGAGUGUUCACGAAAUUUCUACACUCUCUUAAAAAACGUGUCAAGUCCAAGCACACCCAGAUCACCCCCCCAGGCCUGGAGGGAGCUCUGAUGACUGGUGGAAUCGUGGGACUAACGAACCUGGGCAACACUUGCUUCAUGAACUCUGCUCUGCAGUGCCUCAGCCACACACUGGAAAUGACACAGGAAUUCCUUCGCACAGACUGUCACACCGAAAGAAAAAGCGUUGGGAAAGCCUAUGCACGCCUAAUGCAAGAUAUGUGGUUUAAAGCAUCCCCCCUCCGCUCUCGAGCAGCGAAUCCACACGAGGUCAAGACUACACUGGCCCGGGUUCACUCAACGUUUGCUGGCUACAGUCAACAAGACUCCCAAGAGCUACUGAGAUUACUGCUCUCUGAGUUGCACGAGGAGAUGAAGGCCAACAGCAAGCAAGACAAGUCAAACAAACUAGUGCCCAUCACUGCACCGAGUGGUGAUGUUGGUGAUGAGAAGUGGUGGUCAUAUUUUCAACAUGAGAACACACCCAUUUCCCGUGUGUUCAUGGGUCAACUGAGGAGCACCCUCAUCUGCGAUACCUGCAAGGAGGCCUCUACAACCUUUGACCCUUUCUGGGAUCUUGCACUACCCAUACCUAAGAGUGCCCAUGGAUCAAUGUCGGGCCUAUCCUACAUAAUAACAAAGUACCAGAGUGGCUUGUCCCUGGUGGACUGUAUCAGCCACUUCACCAAGGAGGAGAUAUUGGAUGGGAGCAACAAAGCAUACUGCACCAAAUGUAGGUCUCUGAGACGAACUUGCAAGCAAAUGAAAAUCAAUCGAUUUCCUCCCGUCCUUGUGAUGUAUCUCCAAAGAUUCUCAGUCCAGUCAUACCGCACCAAACUGGAUACACAUGUGGAUAUUCCCACUGAGCUGGACCUCACCAGCUAUGCAAGCAAAGAGUCUGUGGAGGGCAUGUACUCAGGCCAGAGGAUACAGUAUGAGCUGUAUGCCAUCUCCAACCACAUAGGCGGUGUUACCUUUGGACACUACACGGCCCUGGUCAAGCACUAUGCCACAGAUCAGUGGUAUCUCUGCAAUGACUCUAGUGUCCAGAGGGUCACCAAUAUUGACAGGUACCUCAAGAACAGUGCACCUUACAUGAUGUUCUACAGACGAACUCUAUCAACUGCUGAGUAGCUGAGGGCCACUGUAACAGGACACUUAUGCCAAUCAUUAACUCAAUCAUCCACUUAAUUUGUCUAUAACGAUAUUUUUGUGUUUUUUAUCCCAACUGCAUGCCCACUUGUAUAACAAUGUUUUUACCAGUACGUUAAUUGUGAUAUGUACAGCCUAUUAAUAUUAACAACACAACAAACA